AUGAGGUGUCCUCUGGGCGCCGCCGCCGGCUCCGGCCACAGCCCCGCCUGGAGAAGGAUGCUUCUAACAGAGCUGAGGUCUGUGCCCACCCCGCCCCCCAAGGCCAUGCGCAGAGGACAGGAAGGCAAGGAAGGGGCAGGAAAGUUUCAGCUUGGCUGCUGUAGUUUUGUAAGGCAGCCUGCUCGCACUGCCUCCUCGGAGCUGCCCUCCUCUGCAUCUCUGGACCCCUUGACCGAAGGAGCCGAUGCCCACCUGCCAGUCCCCAGAAGCCUCGACGGGGUUCUCUCCACUUCUUGGUUCCGAGGGCACAAGGCCCAGCCAGAAGCCGUGAUCUUCUCCCCUGAGGGCCUCCCAAGGCCCAGCCACACUGGCCGGGAGACGCUGGAUACCCAAGGCAGCCUGGUCAUCAGAAAUGUGACAACUCAAGAUGCAGGCAGCUACACCGUGGUGCUGGAAACCAGCAGGGGACGCAGGAGUGUGACGGAGCAGAUCCCUGUUUGCACAGCCAACUCUGAUGGGGUGCUGCUGCUGACCUUCCCGGGGAAUACACAAGGUAUCCUCCGGAGUGAACUCAACUACUCAGUGAUCCUGCAGUGGGUGGCUUCCAUCGAACCUGAACCUGUGCUACGAUGGACCUUCAAUGGGCAUCCUUGCGGGAUCGGGGAGAGGCUGAUUAUCCAGAGAUUGUCCUUGGAGGAUCUGGGCACCUAUGUAUGCUUGGCCGAGAAUAGCCAGGGAAUGUAUUUCUCCCAGCCUGUGACUAUCAUGCUGCCACAAAAACAGAGUCGGGCAUCCUGA